UUCAAAAUAAACGAAAAUACUCAAAAAAUUGAUGUGGCGCAGGAAGAAACACCCUUUAUAUCAUGUCAGCCAUAGCCAAUGGGAGGGAUCAUUUAUAUUUAAUGAGACAUGGCAAGCCAUUCAUUUCAUCCUCUUAUCGGUAACCCUUCUCUCAGUUUCCUGUCUAUCAUUACCACUUGAAUCGACAUCCAAAGCAAAACCCUUCGUCUUGCCAAUUAAGAAAGACCCAGAAACCAAUAUGUUUUACACCACAAUUGGCCUAGGAAUUCCCCAACACAACACGGAUCUCGCCAUUGAUCUUGGCGGAGAGAACCUCUGGCAAGACUGCAGCACAAAACGCUACAACUCUUCCUCCAAGCGCAAAGUUGUCUGUGAGUCAAAGAAAUUCCCCAAAAACGCUUCAUGCAUUGCCACUGGCUGCAUUGGCCCUUGUAAACCAGGUUGUGCAAUCAACGAUUGUGUUAUGACAAUGAGCAACCCAUUAGCUCAAUUCAGAACCAGCAAUUCAAUGGUCGAGGACGUGAUAUCCUUGCCUCCCACAUACGUACCUGGCUUUCUUGAUGGCUGCGUUGAUCUGGAUGUUGACAUCUCUGACCGUGCUUUGCAAGGUUUACCCAAAAGAACCAGAGGUACAGUAGGCUUUUCACGGUCAAAACUUUCAUUUCCAUCACAACUUGUUUUGGCUAAUAGGCUUCUUCCCGUCUUCUCUCUCUGCUUCCCUUCUUCAAAUAACUUGAAAGGAUUUGGUAAGAUCUUCAUUGGAGCUGCUGCUGGUGGCCAUUUUCAACUUGAAUCCAAGUUUCUCCAAAACACCGCCCUUGUUGUCAACCCCGUUGCCACUACUGCUGUCGAAUACUUCAUUGACGUGAGAUCAAUAAAGAUCGACGGUUAUGUUGUCAACUUAAACCCUUCUCUGCUGUCCAUUGACAAGAAGGGAAAUGGGGGUACCAAAAUGAGCACUGUGACUCCAUGGACUGCUGCAUGCUUCGAUUCAAGCACCAUUGAGAAUUCUGUCAUUGGUCUGGUUGUGCCAGUUGAGUGGAGUAUUCAUGGAGGCAAUUCCAUGGUGAUGGCAGGCAAAAAUGUCUUCUUGAAACAUCUAUUGUUAUUGGGGGGGCAUCAGUUAGAGGACAAUCUUUUGGUGAUUGAUGAGGCUUCGUCAAGAUUAAGCUUUAUCUCCUCUCUUUUAAUUCGAAACGUAACCUGCUCCCAUGUUUAAAUCGUGUUCUACAACGUUAAAAGCACAGGAGUUAUCUAUCACUCAUUUUCUGUCUUUUACCUCCUACUCACUAAUAAAGGCUCGUGGUUUUUGUCUGUUACC